GGAAGCGGCCCGCGCGUCCCCCGGCGCCUCGAGCGGCCGCUCCACACUGCCCAACCUGGGCCUGCCGGAGGCAUGAGCGUGCCCGAGACGCCGGGGGAGAUGGAGCCGGCCGGGGAGGAGGAGCGGCAGCCACCGGCGGCCGAGGAAGAGGACGACGAGGAGGAGGUGGCAGCGGCAGCCCCGGCCUCAGGGCCGGCCCGAGGGAGGAGUGCCUCCUCGCAGGAGGACGCGGACGACCGGGAGGAGGCGGAGGAGGCGAUGGUGGUCGGAGGCGGCGGCUGCAGGGAGCAGGAGCUGACCUACGAGCUGCAGCAGGGCUACCGCAUCCUGGGCGAGUUCCUGCAGGAGAAGCACCGGGGCCUCACCGCCCCUUUCCUGCAGCCCUUGGGGGGCGUUGCCAUCGGGGAGGAGGAGGAGGAGGAGGAGGCCGAGGGGCCGCGCAGCGGGAGCCGGGGCAGUCGCGCCCUCCCGCAGCAGCCCGGGCACUGCAUGUGUCUGCUGAAGAUGGAGGAGAAGUUCGCCAGCGGCCAGUACGGGGGCAUCACCGAGUUCGUGGCGGACUUCAGGCUGAUGCUGGAGACGUGCUACCGCCUGCAUGGAGUGGACCAUUGGAUCUCCAAACAGGGCCAGAAGCUGGAGAUGAUGCUGGAGCAGAAGUUGGCGCUUCUCUCUCGGCACUUGAGAGAAAAGACAACGAUAGCAGUUACAUCUAGAGGCUCUUAUGGAUUGGAGGAUGAGAAGGGAACUGCAUGUACUUCAACAAGGCGUCGGUCAACACCGCGAAGUUUGACAGGCUUGACAAGUGGAGUUUUUGAAUCUAUAAUGGUUCAAGUUUUGAGACAGGAAGAGCAGCUGAGAGCAAAAGAAGAAAAAAGGCUUCGAGAACAGGAAAGAAAAGAAGCAGAAGAAGCUAGUCAAAAGGAAAUAGAAGAAUGGGAAAGAAAACUUCUAGCUCAAGCAGCUCCAACUUGUAUGGAGACCCUGUGGGAAAUUCCAGCUAUCGGGCAUUUCCUUUGUUUAGCCCAGCAAAUUCUAAAUUUGCCAGAAAUAGUCUUCUAUGAAUUGGAACGUUGUCUUCUGAUGCCUCAGUGUAACGCGUUUCUAUCUAAAAUAAUGACUUCUCUCUUAAGUCCUCCCCAUCGAAGACCUACCUUACAUCGAAGACCUACUUUGCCUUAUAGGACCUGGGAAGCAGCACUGAGACAGAAAGUACAGCAGUGGUACACUGCUGUAGGGCAGACUGAAAAUCCCGAUAACUGUGCUGAAAAACUUGGAUUGUGUCCUCAGUUUUUUAAAGUUCUUGGAGAAGUUAAUCCAUUGGAAGAAAAACCUUUUCAUGAACUACCUUUCUACCAAAAAGUGUGGUUACUUAAGGGUCUUUGUGACUUUGUGUAUGAAACACAAAAAGAAGUUCAAGAUGCUGUACUUGGACAGCCUAUUCAUGAAUGCAGGGAAGUUAUCCUUGGUUACGAUUAUCUGGAGAAUGCUUACGUACAUUUUCCACAGUUUUGUGGUGCAGAUGUACGGAUUUAUAAACAGAGACCCUUCCAGGCCCCAGAAUUUCCAGUUCCACCCAUUAAGAUACAAAGAGUACCUCGGAUUAAACUGGAGAAAUUGAAGUGUGACUAUGUUAAUACAAGUAAUGGAGAACAUAGGUGUAGUAGAGAAUGCCUGCCCUCUGCUUUCAAGAAAGAGCAGGAAAUUAAUUUUGAUCCAACUUGCUGCCUUGCUAAAAUGAACUUGGAUAAUCAUGACAUCUCUGUUGAAAUGGAAGUGAAAUCCAACUGUGAAAUUAAAAUUCACAGGCCCUGUGAAAUUAAAAAAACUGAUUGUUGUAAAGAAAAUUUAGAGAAACCAGGGAGUCCAGGGGAAGUUACUGGCUUGGGAGAGCCUCUCAGUCCAGGUGAAAUAAGGUUUAUAGAAAAUCAGGAAAAAUAUAGUGAAGCUUCCAGAGUAAAGCCUGAACCCAGUCCAUUAAAAGAAAAUGCUCUAAAAUCUUGCCAAAUACAUGUAAAUGGAAGUCACAGUGAUCAUCCAGAAAUUAGCUGCCACAAAGUUGUAAGGGAUAUUCUAUUAGAGCAGUCACUGCAGAGCCACAAGAAACUGAAACUUACUAAAAUGAGGGCAAAAAAGAAGAAGAAGAAAAAAAAGAAACUGAAAGAUGUUCUAAAUGAAAACUUACAGAGAAAGCGCGAAGGUCUUCAUUCUCUUGCCUUCAAGUCUUACAAACCUGAGAUCCAGAAUAAGUUAUUGAUCAUCAAAAAGAAAGCAAAACACAAGAAGCGCAAAUCUGGAAAAAAAUCCAUAUCUAAAAAAGCAAUCACAAAGAAGAGGAAAACUGUCACAAAGUCACCUACUGUACCAGAAUUUCAGCUUAUUUGCACUAAUCUUGAUGAACUCAGGGAAUUAAUCACAAAAAUCGAGAAUGAACUCAAAGAUCUGGAAAACAGUAGAAAAAAAUCGGUGUCCAAUGUCCCCAGCAUCAGUAGAUUGCCAACUCCUUCUCCUUGCAACACCCCAGCCAGCAUUAUGCUGGUGCUGUCAUACCCAUCCCAGAUUACUACAGCAGAAUGGAGUUGUUCUUUAGUUGUAAGUUGGGGCAUCUCAUGGAAAGGGAGCUGGCAAUCGACAGCUGCUGUGGACAUUGGACGAGAAAGUAUUGAGGGCAAAUGGUAUCAUCGGAGGCAAGCUGUAAAAGAAUUGCAUAGUACAUUGAUACGUCUUUUAAAUGAAUUGCUGCCAUGGGAACCAAAGUUAAUGAAAGCUUUUCAAAGGAACAGGAGCCGCCUAAAGAAAGACUAUGAUGAUUUCAGAAGACAGCCUGAUCAUGAUAAAUUUACUAGAGAACUAUGGACUAUGGAAGAAGGUGAAGGAGAUCCUGGAAAAGAGUCUCCUAGAGUAGAAUUUAGUAAGUCUAUAGACUCAACGGAAUCUCUAGAUAUCCUGGAGAAAGAUCACUUUGAUUCAGAUGAUAUGAAAUUGUCAGAAAUAGAUCUUCCUAUGGCCAGAAGCAAGUUCUUGAAAAAGGAAUUGCCUUCUAAAGAUGGACUGAAGACACUGCCUAAAACACUUAAACGACAGUCCAAACAAACUAGUUAUCUGGAUGAUAGCACAAAAGAGCUUUCCCCAAGGAAGAAAGCAAAGUUAAGCACAAAUGAGACAACAGUUCAGAAUGUAGGUGAUAUGCAGAUUGACUGUUUAAAUGAAUCAAAGCAUACAGAGCCACUGUGUUCAGAGUCAUUUGCCUCAGUGGAUUCAACACCAGUGUCUACUCUCCAGAAAGGGACCAAACCCAUUCAGGCCUUGCUUGCCAAGAAUAUUGGGAACAAAGUGACCUUAACAAAUCAACUGCCCCCUUCCACAGGUAGAAGUGCUCCUGCUGUGGAAAAGCCAGCUAUAUCUCCUCCAGAAGCAAGCCCUAUAAAGCCAGCAUUGACCAGCCACACCAGUACAAAAGGUCCUUUACAGAUGGUAUACAAAAUGCCUUGUGGCCAGUGGUUGCCCAUAGAUCUUCAUAACAGCUCUGUAAAGAUUCAGAUGCAACCUGUGCUGGAUUCUAACACAGGAGAAAAAAUCAUGCAGCAGGUUCUCAUUCUGCCUAAGAAUUUUGUGAUUCAGCACAAGGAAGGGAAAGCAGUUGCAAAAGAAAUACUGCCACUUCAACAAAAAGGUACAGAACAACAUUGUUCUUCUUUCCCGCAGACAGCAAGUGUAAACUCUUCUUUAGCCUCAGUUCUUGUCAACUCAACGGGAAGCGUUUCUACCCAUGUACCUAAUACAGUUUUCAGCAAGACGAUUACACCUUUGUCUAAUGUGAAUAGUGCUAGACCACAGCCUUUGUCUCCUGUAACUUCCAUAAGUAAUUUAUUAACACCACCAGUUAAGACUAGCCAGAGUGAAGCAGGAAAAGUCAAGAAUGCAGUUUCAGCAGCCACAUUCCCCCAGCCCAUUGCUUCACCCACCAUUUCCUCAACAGUUCAGCCUCUGUUAUCAGCAGCGACACUAAGUGGAUCUACAAAUUCUGGUAGUUCCCUCAACUGUUUUGCACGACAAACUGCUGAUUGUUCUGAAGCAAAGCAAGAACUGAAAACUGUAUGUAUAAGAGAUUCACAGUCAAUUCUUGUUAGGACACGAGGUGGAAACACUGGAGUUGUAAAAGUACAGACCAAUCCAGACCAAAAUUCACCCAACAGUUUAUCUUCAGGUUCAGUUUUCACUUUUGCUCCUCAGCUUCAGGCAUUUCUGGUGCCAAAAUCAACAACUUCUUCAUCUUCUGCUUUUUCACCAGUAGCUGGAACGACUACUACUUCUAGUCUCCCACCUUUUGGCCAAACACCAACUUCUGUUUCCAUUCCAGCUGGCUUUAAUCCGUCUGUCGGGAAAAAUCUCAAACUUACGUUAGGCCAACCUUCCUGCAGUGGUAAUUUGGGCCACAUGAUAGAUAAAACUUCACACACACCCCUUUCUCCCUUAAAGUCCUCUGUUUCUUCUAGCACUUUACUAUCAUCAACAGUAAAUAGUUCAGUAAGUGUAAUUAGCAUAUCAGCAGGAAAUUUUGGACAAACCAGUGCAAAUAUGCAUACUCCCACUAAACAGCAACAAGUAGAUUAUAUCACAAAAAGUUACCCUGUUACAAGAUCAGAAGCAACAGUGGCAACAAAUGGAGAUGUGAUCAGUGGGACUCCAGUUCAGAAACUUAUGCUAGUGUCGGCUCCAUCUAUUCUUUCUUCUGGCAGUGGAACCGCCAUUAAUGUGACACCCACACCAACAACUACAGGUGUUUCUGCCCAGAAAUUAGUUUUUAUUAAUGCUCCAAUUCCCAGUGGCACUUCAACCCCAACUAUUGUGGCAGAACCAUUAAAACAAACUCUUCCUCCUCCCUUGAAUAAAACAUAUGUUAAGACUCCAGAGCAACCUCAGAUAGUACUAAUUCCAUCUACAGUGGGAGCACCAAUAAAAAUAAAUUCGUCACCAACUGUGUCUCAGAUAAAAGAUGUGAAAAUUGGACUAAACAUAGGUCAAGCAAUUGUAAAUACUUCAGGCAGUGUGUCAGCUAUACCAUCAAUUAACAUACUGCAAAAUGUAACCCCAAAAGGAGAAGAAAAAAGUACCAAGGGCUAUGUUUUGCCAUUGUCAACAAGUGGUAAUUCAGUUCCAGUAAGCUCAAAUUUUGUGAGUCAAAAUAUUACUCCUGUUAAUGAAUCAGUGGUUUCUGCAGCAAGAGCAGUAAACAUGUUUUCAGUAACAGGGGCAAAUGUAUCUUUGGGUUCUCUUUCAGUGACCUCAACCUCUGCUUCAGUUGGGACAAGACCUCCUGUUUUAGUCAGUGGAAAUGAUACCUCUUCAAGAAUUAUGCCUAUUUUGUCAAAUAGACUUUGCACAGCAAAUCUCGGAAACACUGUGGCUAUAUCAACUGUGAAAACAGGACAUCUUGCAUCAUCUGUUCUGAUUUCAACUACACAACCAACAGUGUCUCCGAAAUGUUUAACAUCAGCUUUGCAAAUCCCUGUUACUGUUGCCUUGCCUACACCUGUGACUGUAUCCCCUCAAAUAAUCAACACAGUUCCACAAGUGGCAACAGUACCAGGAGCCACACGUUCUGUAUCUCUUUGUAAAAGACAGUCUCGGACUUCUGUCCAGUUUCAGUCACCAGGGAUUUCAAAUACAGUGCCAACAAAUAUAAACACAAAUAAACCUCAGACUGAAUUGCCAUCCCUUUCACCAAGUCCAGGUAAAAUAAUUAAUAUUUCCAAUUUUGCUUCUCUGCCAAACCAGCAAAUGUCCCCUGCUUUAGUAAAAUCAACCCCCAGUUGUAGUUCUGCUCCAGGUGGCUCUGCCAUUCACACUGCUACAGCACCAUCAAAUGUGACUAUGGGUCGGUUUAGUGAACCUUGUAUUCAGCAAAAAAUAGUCAUCAACACCAGUACACCUUUGGCACCUGGUACUCAGAUCAUGAUUAAUGGAACUCGGUUUAUUGUUCCACCGCAAGGUCUUGGAGCUGGCAGCCAUGUUCUCCUUAUAGCUGCUAAUCCAAAAUAUGGACUUCCGUUAGUUCCUAACAGUGGCCAAGGCAUUCAGCCUGCACCAGUAGAUAACCCUGCCCAGAAGAACACACUAACAUCCGAUAAUUCCUUAAGUGGGCAACCUGUAAAACAUUCUCUAAGAAACUCGACAAAAAUUGUAAACUCUCUUGGGAAUGCAAGUUCUCUACCCACAGUGCAUACAACACCACAAAUCGUAAACACAACUGCUAAAGUUUCUGUUCCACCUCCAACACCAACGGUGUCAUUGACUUCAGUAAUUAAGUCUCCUCCAGCUGCUCUUUUGGCUAAGACAUCUUUGGUUUCUGCCAUUUGCUCUAGUAAUCCUCCAGUGCCGAGUAGCACUUCAGUAUUUCAUUUAGACACAUCAGUCAAAAAAUUACUGGUUAGCCCAGAAGGAGCCAUUUUGAAUACCAUAAAUACUCCAGCAUCUAAGGUUUCUUCACUCUCUUCAUCUCUCUCUCAAAUUGUUGUAUCUGCCAGUCGAAAUCCUGCCUCUGUCUUCCCUGCCUUUCAGUCAUCUGGCUUAGAGAAGCCUGACACAGCUGCAUCUUGAAUUUAGACUAAACGAGCCAGUUUUUAAAUAAUGGGGCAUUGUUUCGACUCCCAUAAAAAUUUUAACUGUUUAUUAUACUGUUGAAAACAUACUAUACAUAGUUUUGUGUGUGUGUGUUUUAAUGUAUAUUUUCAUUAGCUUGCAGCAAGGCUUUGUUUUCUUGGGGAGGGAAAAAUCUGUUCCGUUUCACUCAUUGGUAUAAAUAUGUUUUCAAA